CCGCCGCUAGAGUCUGUAGUUGAGUUGUCAUUACAUCCCUCAGCAUCCUUUCACCUUACUCUCUUCCAGCGGUCACUGCUUGUGUAAAGCUUGAAUUUUAGUAUGAUUUCAGGAUAUGAUUUUUGCAUACUUUAAUUGCACAGCCCACAUUUACUCAGCUUCAGCAGAUUACCUUGAAAGUGUGUGGUCCUCUCAUUUGGACUGUGGGUUCCCAUGGGCAGUGUGCUGGCCUUGUCAACCCGCCCAGGGCGCCAAAACUCCCCUUUUCCACAAGAUAGACCCUUGUCACGGUGGGAUAGGAGAGAUGGACGCCUGCCUAACCCAGGGAGCUUUGAUGGUCUGCACCGCAACUGUAAAGAUGUAUUUCCACAGCAGAUUGAAGGUGUAAAACUGGUGAUAAAUAAGACCCUCAGCAGUUUUUUCAAGGUCAGUCACACAUUUCAUCUCAGUGCUGUUGCUCCGUCCAGUUAUCGAUUUCAUGCUGAACACCUACAAUCAGACACUGACAGCAAAGAAACGGGCUCACCCAUGCUUAUUGGGGAAAUGGACUCCUCCGGCAGCUUAAACGCACACUCUUUGUUCCAUCUGAGUGAGAAAAUAAGAGCUAAAGCAGUAUUUCAGACUCAACAGGCACAGUUUGUCACAUGGCAGUUCGAGACGGAGUAUAGAGGUAGUGACUUCACAGCAGCGGUUACUAUGGCCAACCCUGACAUUCUGAGGGAAUCAGUUAUCAUGGUUGCACACUUUCUUCAAAGCGUAUCCCCGCAGCUGGUUCUGGGGGGAGAGCUGGUGUACCAUCGUGGUCGAGCUGAAGAAGGGGGCAUUCUUACCCUGGCAGGCCAAUACUCAGGGCCAAACUGGGUUGCAACCUUGAAUGCUGGUAAAGGAGGUGCACAUGCCAGCUACUACCACAGGGCCAACAAACAGAUUCAGGUGGGAGUGGAGUUUGAGGCGAGCACUAGGACCCAGGAAACAACCUUUUCUUUUGGUUACCAGAUGGAACUUCCUGAAGCUAAAAUGGUCUUCAGAGGAAUGUUGGACAGCCGCUGUAUCAUUGGUGGGGUUCUGGAAAAGCGGCUUUACCCUCUUCCCGCCACAUUGAUCAUGGGUGCCUUUGUUAACCACAGAGCAGACAAGUUACAGAUCGGUCUUGGAGUCAAUGUUGGUUAGAUAUGAAAGCCAACUCAAAAGACUGGGGACUUCAGAAAAUCUCCUUCACGUCGCCCAAAGACACUGGUCCACCACAGGCUACGGACAGAACAGGCAAGCUAACCAAAGCCCUGUUUGCCAUACUGGACAGUUAUGCAGUUCAUGGCAAGUAGGAAUGAGGGCUGAACAAGACCAGGAACAUGCCCUCUAUGUUGGUUCCAUCCUGUAUCAAGGAUUUUGCUGUUUUGGUCUUACAUUGGCCCCUAAGUAACCUGAGGUAAAUAUUCAACGAUUAUCUUAUUAAGAACAACUUUUCCAAAUGUUGGAGGAGACUAUACAAAUUAAUAUGUAGUAACGUCACAAAAUUUCCUGUGACUUCUCUAUUAAAGAUCUAUUUUUGGUAGCAAACUCCAAAUAUAGUUCACUCCCAAAUCAAUGUCAAACCAAACAUAGUAAUGAUCAAAGAGGCACACAACUUAACAUGUAUCAUCCACUCAUUUGUCUUUCUUUCAAACAAAACACCCUUAUCUCUCCUUGAUAAGCUAAACUUGAAGACUCUUUUUGAGGGUCGGACUGUGUUAUAAUGAAAGGAAACGUACUGACAGCGUGAACGGUACAAGGAUGCAUUAACAGUAGUGCACAUACUUUUGAAGCAAAACAGGCACUGGCUCAAAGGAAUGCAGGUCAGGUCUGCAUUAGAUCGCCCACGUUCAUACUGCAAAGUUUCAGGAGUGAGAACCACAUGUAAAUGUCUUAAAAUGACUUAAAACCUGUUCACAUCAAGGACUGUAACUGGAUUUAAUAAAGUGGGCAGUUGCGGGUUGGCCUAUAUUUUGGCCUUAUUUCUAUUGUUGAGCGCACCUAUGGAGAGAGACAGAAUUGCAUCAUAAUGUGUGAAUAAGCAAGGCUCUUUACCUGUGAUUUUCUUGCACAGAAAAGAGGCACAUCUCUGAUGCACGUUUCAAUAUGUUACUAACAACUAUUCAGUUUAUUUCCGUACACACAGCAUGUCAUUUUGGUAAAUGCAGUUGUCAUUAUACCUUAAUUUUUAUAUGUUAAAUUCAUUUAUAAAUGCAGUAGUCAUUCCCAUAAAUUACUAAACUGUUUACACAAAACAGGAUUAAGCACUAAUAGGGGAAGUGACAAAGGAAUUUAGCUGCAGUGUGAAUGCUGGCUGUGUGAUUAAUAAGACUGUUUAGGGUGAUUUGUCUACAUCUGGAACUUUUAUGUACAGAGGUUGAUUUUUAUUAAAACUGACAGAUUUCAACUUUUUAAUUUUUGUUAUAUGAAUGACACAUUUACCAUGUCCUCAUCAUUUAUUUUUGCUAUUUUUCAAAUGCCACGACUUUAGCCCAUGGUCAGAAGUAUUGUAGACACUUUUGGCUUCAGAGUUCAAAUCUUGAUAUCAUUAUAAAAAAAAUCUGCUGUAAAUAAAGCAGUGAGCAAAUGAA